UACACACAUGCAUGCUGGAUCUCAACAUGGACUUUAUGUGCCUUUAACUGUAUGCAAUCUGUUUUUUGAGCGACUUAUUUUAAAUAGCAGACACUAAAUCUAAUGGCCGACAUCAUAAAUCCGGGAAAUGAAGGAGAUCUUCAGGCUCAAAUUGAAGAGGUCGAGGCUCUUUCUUCCAUCUACGGGGACGAGUGGUGUGUCGUAGAUGAAGCAUCCAGAAUAUUUUGCAUCAAAAUAACCAAUGACUUGGAGGAGCCAAAACUGACAGCGUGUUUGCAGAUAAUCCUCCCACCUGAUUAUCCAAGCGCCGCCCCGCCCAUCUACCAGAUCAAUGCAGCGUGGUUGCGAGGCCCAGAGAGGACCAAAUUGGCAAACAGCCUGGAAGACCUCUAUGUGGAGCAUGUGGGCGAGAGCAUCCUCUACCUGUGGGUGGAGAAGAUUCGAGAAUUCCUUGUGGAGACAUCCCAAAGCUCAGACACGGUGGAUCAACCAGAGAAGGUGAACAUGACGGCUGAGGAGGAAAUGGAUGAUGAAGACCUACCAGACUACACGACUCUCAAGCUGAACACAGAAAAUGCACAUCUGUUCAUGGAUCAUGCAGACGCUGAAGAGGUGCCUCCUAUAAAACACGGAACUUCCAUCACAGACCGACGCAGCACCUUCCAGCCUCACCUAGCACCUGUAGUGACUCCCAGACAGGUUAAAAUGGUCCUGGAGAAGCUGUAUGAGAACAAGAAGAUCGCUAGUGCCACUCAUAAUAUUUAUGCAUACAGGAUUUACUGCGAGGACAAGCACAGCUUCCUGCAGGACUGCGAAGAUGAUGGCGAGACAGCCGCGGGGGGGAGAUUACUCCAUUUACUGCAGAUUCUAGACGUGCGUAAUGUCAUGGUGGUCGUGUCUCGGUGGUACGGAGGCAUUUUGUUGGGUCCUGACCGCUUCAAACACAUCAACAACUGUGCUAGAAACAUCUUGGUAGAGGAAGGAUACACCGCCUCCACGGAUGAGGCCAUGAAAUCUGGAGCAAAGACCAAAAAGCCAAAAAGCAAGAAGACAAAAUGAAUUAAGGAAGAAAAAAAGACUUAUUUAAACACUUUUUCACAGUGUUCAAAAAGGCUGUUUUAAGCUGAUUCAGAUGUGUUUUAAUAUAGAUGGAUAAUUAAGAUAAAUGAUCGCCGCUUCCUAAAAGUGAAGCCAAAACAUCUACAUCACUGUGGUGGCUGACUGAAGAAUACUGGAGGUUAUAAAUCCCAUCCUCUUCAUGUUAGCAGAUGGGCCAAACAAAAGAUAAAUCGAAGUACACAUUGAAGAAAUCUUUCCUAAAAUUGAUAUCCAUCAUUUUAGUUCUUAUCAAACUGAUUCAUUUUUCUAUUAACUUUAGUUUUAUUUAGUUAUUCCGGGCGACAGAAGGGGGUGUAACGUCAUGAUUGACAGCUGUGAUUGGUUGGACAGAUGGGUGUGUGGAUUGGAUCCUAAACUCUGGCUCCAAAUGUGCAAGAUGGCAGCACCCAUAUCAGGGAUACUUUGGCUUCAUUUUAGUACAGUGGGAGGAAACAGAGCUGCGUUUUCCAUACACAGUCUAUGGCCUUAAGAAAGACAAAAGGAUGUAUUGUGAUUAUGAGUAAUUUAUUCAAAAUUCUGACAGUAAUAAAAUAUCUUUAAGCAAAUUUUGAAUUGUUAUUCCGGGUGAUUGCUUAAACUCUGGGCUGUAUGUUGCACCAUUUUGUCUUAGAAACCUUGAAAUAAAAUGUUUACAGUACAAGACAUCUUGUUCAUAGUUCAACACUAGGAUUGUGGAUCCACUUUAUUAGAAAACCACAUAAUCAUUACAUGCUUAAAUGAAGGGUUUUGUUCAGGAGAAGACGUAUUUUAUCA